AUGGGCCCCACUUUGCCUGUCAAGGAGGCUCUUCAAGGCUUGGCCAACUCCGAGCCGUCUGCAAGACUGGAUGCUCUGGCUGCUGUCCAGCAGUGGCAGAAUGUGGUUUCUCGAAUGGCCGCUUCCCGUAACAUGAGUACAGGUUCUUCAGAAGCCCUGGUCUUCGCGCAGGAAAGGCUGUGGAGCAUGAACAAAUGGAGAAGUCUCGACGUGUCUGUACGAGUGAUGCUGCAGUCUGUGGGGGAAAGGCUGUCAGGUGAAGCGGUGGUUGCGCACCUGGAGAGGUUCCUCCCGUGGCUGAAAAGUGCAGAUCGCUGGAUCUAUACUUCAACCCGUGACCUCUUCGAGCAGAAGAUCUCGCCUCAGGUUCUUGCUGAACACUUCCACGAGAUCGUGCCACUUCUGGCUGACCCAGAGCUGCAGUGGUGGUCCUUCGACUUCCUGAGAAGGCGAAUCGCGGAAAGGCUCGUUCCUGAGCUCAUUGAUGUGAUCUUCAACAUCCUGUGUCGCGCGGAAGCUGGGAGCCGGAAGGAGAAAGCCUUGUUGGAAUUCAUGGAGUUGCUGCUGCCCAGCAACUUGGCUGCGCAGCAUGUCAACCACAUCGUGGCAUUCCUGGCGAAGAGUGAUCUCAAGGUCGAGCCGAGAUGCAGGACUCUGCACCUUUUGUACAAUCGAGCAGGCACCCCGCACUUUGCGGAGCACUGGGACAAGGUUCUGGCACUUCUGGCCAGUCCCAGCUGUGAGGUGCAACAGCGAACUCUGAAGCUCUUGGAGAAGAAUAUGCCUGACAAGGUGAUCACAGAGAUGUCCGGUGAGCAUUGGGCAAAGCUUCUUGCAUGUCUCCGCAGUCCCUCUUGUCUGGUCCAGCAGAGAGCAUUAUGUCUCUUGGAUAAGAAGAUGCCGGAUGCGUUGAUCGCUCCUUUUCUGACUGACUCGGAACGGCCAAUAUAUGCGCUUGGUUGGUUGAAGGAGCGCGGGGCCGACAACCUCCGAAAUUUAGAGAAGAUCUUCAAGGGUCUCCUGGCGAAGCGGCUCCAGAACGACCUGGCUCCGCUCUUGUGUCAGCUGCCGAAGUCUCGCCUGUUCCUUGCUACCUGGCGAGAUGCAACAGGCAACACGUGGCUGCAUGUGGCCGCCAAAGCAGGGCACCUGGAGGCUUGCGAGGCUUUGGUGGACCAGGUUGGUAUUCCCCUGCGCAAGAAGAACGGAGCUGGCUACGACCCGCUGGCUCUUGCGGCGACUCGGGAAGUGUACCAGUUCCUGCGGAGCAGGAUGCACUUUCGGGAGACCCGCUUCGGCUACGGAAAUGCCUUUGAGGAGAUGAUGCAGGAUGAGAGGCAGGUGUCCGAGGUUGCCUGGUACACGGUACCUCUUCCUCGCAUGGCUGGCCGUUGUGGAGGCCUCCACUCGUUCCUCGUUGUCGCUGUCUCCAACGCCUCCAGGGGAGUGAAGAGGUACGUGCUCGAGAAGGCCGAGUCUAUUGGCAGGGACGCCCAUCAGAAGCACGGCGUCUUCAUCGGCAACCAAUCUCUAGGCAGUAACUUGAGGAGCGUGAGUGGCCUAAAGAUGUACAAGCAGCUUACCCGCGGUGAAGGAAGCCUUCGGAGUGGGCUUAAGAUGAAGGAGCUUUAUGAAUUGGCGCACGGCACUGGCCCUUAUGAUCUUGCAAUUUCGAACUGCCAUCAUGCGGUCCAGAAGGUCUUCAACUCCUGCUGUGCCAGAGACAAAGACACAGAGGCACGGCCGCCGAACGAGUGGCUGGCGCAUCUUGGGUCUGUGUUUCAGCUCGGUGGUCUCUUCACCUCAACCAGCUCUGGAUCAGAAGGCUCGAAUUCUGACAUUGCUUCAGCCAAUUCGGAACUGGCCUCAAGCCACGAGUCUGUGGGUUCUCCGAGUGGCUUCGGAGUCCCAGUUGCCCUCCGCUCCGACGCCUUCGCAGAAGCAGCUGCUGCUCUGAGCCUGGCUGUGUACGAGAAGGAUCCUGCAAUAGCCUUGAGGCCAACGGAAGCAGGCACUGUGUCCAUCCGCAACAAUCUGGCCAGACCCGUGCUGGUGUACAACCACAACAGCACUACCCGUCACAGAGUGGAGGCUGACGAGGUGUUGACCAUUGCAGGAUGUGACGCUGAGAAAAUUCUGGUAGAUGUCCAUGCCGUUGCAUGGCUUCCGGGUCCCUAUCCCUGGCGACGGCUGGCAACGAAGCAAGCUGCAUGGAGCGGCCAUAGGUACAUCAUGUCCACAGAUUUUCGGGACGAUGUUGUCCUGCAGGAGGUGGGGGCAGUUGUGCCCGAACAGCCGGUCGAUGUGCUUCAUGUCACGCAGAAGAACGGCAGCAGUCCCGUGCAGUGGCUUCUGGCCAGAUCGUGCUCCGUGCUCUUCGUCGCCUUCCAAGGCACAAAUGAUUUGGAGGAUGCUGCCAUUGACCUGUGCGCUGUGCCAGACUACAAGCGAUUCAAAGAGCACGGCAUCGGGGCGCACAGUGGGAUUGUUAAUGCUCUCGAGCAGGAGGGAGAUGGAAUUUGCAAUGUUGUGAACGAUGUUCUGCAGGCUUUGCAGGAGCACCUGCAAAAAGGAGAUCGGCUGGUCCUUUGCGGCCACUCGCUGGGUGGAGGCUACGCUCAAGUGAUGGCCGUCCACUUGUUGAGUCGGAACUUGGACGUCGCAGCCGUCCGGACCUUCGGCACGCCGCACGUCCUGGUGCCUCCUUCCAGACAGGAAGAUCGUCCAACACUCUGUUUACUCGAUUUGAUGCUGAACUUGAUCACACAGCGUAAAUCUCAGAGGUUUUGGGGGAAGCUGAACUCGAUCACACUGCAUUGGGUGCACGACUGGGACCCUGUCCCCAGGCUGCCCCUUUGCAAGGCCUGGAUGACUGAUGUCCUACCGAAGCUGAAGUAUGAGGUCAUCCAUGGAGUCAGACUCGGAAUUGCCCAGAAGUACAUCCAAGCACUCCAGCAGCACUGCAACGAGACCAGGGCCAAGCUCUUGGAGCGUUACGACGUCGUGGGCGAGAUCGUGCUGGUCAGCAAGGCCACGGAUGUGGCCCUCCGUGCGAGCGAGAGGUCAGCAGCUUCGAAAGAGUUGUUCUGCGAGAAGCCUCCCGAGUCAGUGAUGACUCCGAGCAAGCUCUUUGCUUACCACAGCAUGAACGACUACCUGCAGAUUGCUCACAAACUGACGGCUUCAUAA